AUGGAGGACAUCAAGUCAGCGACGUCGUCACCGAACCCACGCAAGAGAGCAGCACCAGACGACGAGUCCAUUGAGAAGAGACCACUGAACUUGACGGGCUCCCAGUUCUUGCCCACACCACCGGACACAGAUGGAUCGAGCGACACGAGUCCAACAUGCACGAACGAGAUGACCGCCCGCCAAGGGUCACCAGCUCCCAGUAGCUCAGCAUUGAGCAGCGUUGAGGUCACCGGCAGCAACACCGAUCAAGGCACACCUGGAGCAGCCAACGUACCUCAGAGCUCAUCGGCGCCUCCAGCGAAGAGACGCAAGCUCUCGCCAGCUGAAAAGGAACAGCAGAAGCAGGAGAAGGAGGCCAAGGAUGCUGAGCGUGCGGCCCAGAAGGCCAGGCGUGAGGAGGAACAGCGUGUUAAAGACGAAGAGAGACGGAAGAAAGCGGAGGAUCGUGACGCAAAGAAACGGGAAAAGGAGGUAGCAGACGAACGCAGGGCGCAGGAGAAGCGCGCCAAGGAAGAGGAGAAGCGUGUCAAGGACGAAGAGAAACGCAAGAAGGCCGAGGAGCGUGACGCCAAAAGGCGCGAGAAGGAAGCCGAAGAAGAACGUAAAGCGCAGGAGAAGCUCAAGAAGGAGCGAGCUCAGAUGAGACUCGGUGCAUUCUUUCAGAAGCCUGCCACGCCCAUCAAGCAGUCAGAAGAUGGUGAGGGUCAGCCGACUACUGCUAGGAGGAAGUCGCUGUCUCUGGAGCCAUUUGAUGCUAUGGCCGACAUCCUUCGGCAGUCACAGUCGCCCUGCAAAGAGACGCCUCAGCCUCAAGCCAAAGGGCCAACUCCGGCGAAGCCCGUCCUCUCCGACUACCACAAGCACUUCUUGCCAUUCGAGCUGAAAGCACACUGUUCAAUGGUGGCCCCAAGAGUUCCAGAUGACCCGGACGCUGCUCAGGAAGCGUUUGACAGAGAGCUCUCGGACCAAUCGAUCCAGAUGAAAUACAAUCUUGGACUUGUCGAUUCGUAUGUGAGCCUGGAGAACUUUUUCGCCACCGAGUCGCCGUACACUCGUGGAGCACCCUUACCAAGCACAAGGAAGCUCGUCGAUCAGAUUCAAGGAACGCUACAGCAGCCUGUCGACCUGACCAGUGAUGAGACCCCGGCCAACCCAAUGGCAGCGUUGCAAGAAACUCAGCGCCGCUACUUGGAGUUUGACGAGGAUGUGCGUCCACCGUACUUUGGCACCUACAGCAAGAUUCGCUCGCCACGAACAAUGGCCAAGCUUUGUCGGGCGCCCUUGACCCGUGCAAGGCCGGACACAAACUACGACUACGACUCAGAAGCGGAAUGGGAAGAGCCAGAUGAAGCCGACGAGGAGUGCCACGAUGAUGACGAAGAUGAAGCCGAGAGCCAGGGUGACGCCAAUGAGCUCGACGAAUUUCUGGACGACGAAGACGAUGCUCCCAAGAACAAGCGCAAGAUGAUCACUGGCGACCUCGUUCCUGCAUCCACCGGCUUGUGUUGGGAAGACCCAGCAGGUAAAAUCGUGCCGAGCAUUGAGAGCGAGCUUUCGACGGCGUUCAUGAACGACAUGCGUAUCGGCGUGCUGCUGCCGGACUUCCAUGGGUCAACAAUCGACCCCUUCUCGAUGAAGUACUGGUCUGGCCCGGCUCCCGCACCUCUUCCAGCACUGAAGGUAGCGCCGUCCCCGUCACAGGCAUUCGACGCCAUGAUGCGGCCACCUUUGCAACCGCGCUCCAACACCAAUGCCAAUCUCGACAACGUGCUUGUGGGAGCGGCUGAAGGCAUGAGAGGGCCCAUUACCUCUGCGGCUGGCACUCAAUGCGGCACACCCAAGCCGAAAGCAGCGCCGAAGGUUCUGAGCAAAGAAGACCUGGACGAGUUCAAGGAUGCUGUCGUGGGGAGUCAACUGACCAAGGCCGACAUGCUGAAGGGACUGAAGGCCAGAUUCCCGAAGACUACCAUUGAGACCAUCAGAGCGACGCUCGGCGAGCAUUUCGCACAGGUCGGCGCCAACAGGGCGGACAAGAAGUGGGUGUUCAUCUCCGCUGCUUGA